AUGACUGAUAGAGGAAGAGGGAGAGGCACUGGUAGAGGUAUUAGUAGAGGUAGGGGAAGAGGGAGAGGUAGAGGUACCACCAUUGUGCCACCACCUUCUACUUCUCAGCCAACACAUUCUAUUGGAGAACCCCCUCAUUGUAUUACACAACCUACACAUGGUUCCACCUCCCAAACACCUACAACUCCCCAAAGUAACCAAGCUACACCUACCCCUCAUGUUACUUCCACUUCUCAACCACAUUUAGUUCCUCAUUCUAUACCUACCCCACAUGUUUCUUUGACACAAUUCCCAAAUAUGAUUGAAAGACCACAAACAAAUCCCUUCAUUGAUGCUACUGGUAUUCCAAAUGUUGGAUCAUCAUCCUCUAUUGAUCCAUCUUUAGAAAUUGGAAGUUUUGACUCUGAUGGGCGUAUUUGGAUUCGCCCAGGUCCACAAAACACAUUCGACCCACCAAUUCACCCUACCCGUGAAAUUUCAAGAAUAAUCAAAGGGAAGUUUGAAGGGUCAUGGGAAUCAUAUGGAGAGGUUAAAAGCACUAAUGAAGGUGUGGCAAACAUGUGGUUUGAAGAGUUUCAGAGAAAGUUCAAGUGGCUGCCUGAUCAUGAUGCACAAAUAAGAAAAGCAUUUGACCAUAAAGCAUCUGAAGGGCUUUCAAAUGCUAUGUAUAGGGUGCGACGAGGCAUUGAUCAAGGGAGUUGGAUUCCAAAGCAAAAACUUGUAGAACUUCAACAAAAAUGGAAUGAUGAGAAUUGGAAACAUAAGUCAAUGACUAAUGCUAAUAAUAGAAAUUCUUCUGAUGGUUCAUUGCAUACUGGAGGAUCCAUUCCUACUUCUGAGCAUUUUAAGAGAUUGAAAAUAUCUACAGAUAUGACUCCAACAUGUUGGGACCUAUUCCAAAAGACCCAUAAGACAGCAAACGGGAAUACAUGGGUGUCUUCCAAGGCAGAAAGGAUAGCGAAUGAGUAUGAAAGACGGUUAUCUGAAAGAGAGUCACAACAGUUAUCGGGAGAUCAUGCUGCCUCUAGUGUGCAAUCUGAAAAUAGUAUUUUCUAUGAUGUUGUUGGUGGUGUGAACGAUAAAGGAAGAAUAUUUGGUUUAGGUUCAGAGGCUGGGAAGUAUAAACCUUCUUCUUCUACAUUCUUAGAGGGUAUCUCAACUCCUGAGUAUCAACAAAUGAAAAAUCUUGUUUCAAAUUUGUCUGAAGAAAACAAAUCAUUAAAAGAACAAUUGCAAAGCCAUGCAGAUUUGAUUCGUGCUUCACAGGAAGAGUCUCGGUUGGUUCGUGAGCAGCUGAAGCAAUUUAUGGAGAUGUUUUCUCAAUCUUCUCGUCCUCUCCAACCUCCUCCUACACAUGAUGCUGACACAGUACAAUCUGAUGAUAAUGAGUUAGAUGAUGAUCAUGAUAUAGAUGUUUAGGGAUGCAUUAUCUUUUACUAUUAUGUUUACUAUGCUUUAAACUUAUAAUUUGUUAUGUUUAAGUUUUACUAUAGUACUUAUCAUACAUUAGGGAUACUUUGUUAUAUUUGGUGUUAUUUGUAUCUAUGGUAUG